AUGUGCGCAAAGGGGGGAGGAGGGCUCCUAUGAAGACUUAUGCUAUGCUGCGAGUUGUGAGCUAUAUAAAGUGAGGCACGUUCACUUCCACUAUCACUGUCCCUGCACGCUCCUGUUAAGCGAUAAACUUGGCAGAGCAGAAAGCUUCCUGGUUGGACGGCAGCUUGAGGAAAGAUGGAUGGAUGUUCUCUCACCAAUAUUUCCGGGCCCUCCACCAUCUCAGUCCCAACAGACACAUCACCAGAUGGACACAAGCCGUGUGACUCUGAAUUUAAGAGCCAGUGCUGGCCAGCGUGUGCCCAAGACCCCUCUCAAAGCAUGCCACUACUGGAAAGGCUGGAAGCCCAGAGUCCGAAAAUCACUAUGGACAUUGAAACUGUCAGAGAAAAGUCCAACAAAACACAGAAUGGGAUGGGGGGAAGUUGGAGGCGAUUCUGCAGAAACCUGAGCUACGUCACGGGAGAUAUGAAGUUGUUUGGAGACUGGCUGAAAGAUAAGCCUCUUUUGAUCCAGUUUCCAGAGUGGGUCCUGCGAGGUGUAUCUCAGGUGAUGUUUGUCAGCAAUCCACUCAGUGGCCUGGUCAUGAUUGCCGGAUUCCUCGUUCAGAGCCCUUGGCUGACACUCACAUGUUGCAUAGGCGCCAUUGUCUCGACCUUAACGGCACUUAUCCUAUGCCAGGACAGGUCAGCCAUCGCUGCAGGACUACACGGCUACAAUGGGGUCCUCGUUGGAAUGCUCAUGGCUGUGUUCUCAGACAAAGGGGAAUAUUACUGGUGGCUUUUGCUUCCUGUUGUCCUCAUGUCCAUGACGUGCCCCAUUUUCACAAGUGCUUUAGGUUCACUCUUCAGCAAAUGGGACCUGCCAGUUUUCACAUUGCCCUUCAACUUCGCUCUGAGUCUGUUCAUAGCCGCUACUGGCCACUACAAUCCCUUCUUCCCCACGGCGCUUAUUCAGCCAAUCACCUCUGAACCUAACAUCACUUGGACAGAGGUCCAGGCAGUUUUGCUUUUGAAGUCUAUCCCGGUAGGAGUUGGACAGGUGUAUGGCUGUGAUAAUCCUUGGACCGGUGGCAUUAUCCUGGUGGCUUUGUUAAUUUCAUCCCCACUCAUCUUCAUGCAUGCCGUGAUUGGCUCAGCCGUGGGGGUGCCCGCAGCACUGAGCCUGGCCUCUCCUUUUAGCAAAAUUUAUGCCGGCUUGUGGAAUUACAACAGCUGCCUCUCAUGCGUCGCAAUAGGGGGGAUGUUCUACGCCUUCACCUGGCAGACUUCUUUAUUGGCAGUAGCUUGUGCCCUGUUGACUGCGUAUUCAGGAGAAACACUGGCCAAUAUGUUUUCUGUGUUUGGAAUGCCAAUGGGAACCUGGCCUUUCUGUUUGUCUUCACUCAUCUUCCUGCUCCUCACUACCAACAAUGAUGCCAUCUACAAACUGCCUCUCUCCAAAGUCACCUACCCAGAAGCCAACCGGAACUAUUACUUGACAAGAAAAGGAGAAUGCCCCAAAGACACCUGUGAUGUGUAGGAGACUGUCAUAGGCAUUCUCUCAUCACUACAAGAGAAGCAGUGUCUACACUUCCCAAGGAAGCACGGAACAGAAACAAGCCAGUCAGUUUUCAAUGGCCCUUUUUGGUCCAUAUUAUGUUGUAAACAUCUUCACUUGGAUCAGAAAGGUUCAGAAUUCAGUACAUACUUCAGUCAGAAGUGAAUGCAUUCUCUAAUUCACUUGGAAAGUUGCAUUACAUUUAUGGAGCAAUUAAGUGCUUAGAUCCAGGAUGGCCAACUGGAGGCUCUUUGGCUGGAUCUCACACUGAAGCAAUAUUAUUUGAUUGUUAAUCAUAGUGUGGUUAGAAGGGGGGCUAUAGUGACAGUUGUAAGGGAAAGUAGGUGGGUGGGUGGGGACUGGUAUUGGGUUGGAUCCAGACUUAGGCCACAGCUAGACCUAAGGUUUAUCCUGGGAUCAUCCAGGGUUCGCCCCUGCCUGAGCACUGGAUCCCCUGUGUGUCACCUAGAUGAACAGGUUUGACCCCUGGACGAUCCAGGGAUAAACCUUAGGUCUAGCUGUGGCCUUAGUCCUACUUAGGGGAGAGCCACUGAUAUCAACAGGACUUUCAAAGGGUCUGCUUUAAAUAGGAUUAAGUCUCAAUACACCCCAUUGUCUGUAACACAGAGGAGUAUUCCAUGCAUUCAUAUGAUGUCUUUGUUUUCGCUUCUAUGUAUAGUGCCCAGCUGUGUUUGCAUAUAUAUGCUCCAGAGUUGAGAAGCCCAUACUGCUGGAGAGCGUCAACUUUAAUACGGAGCCUGCACAAGACGACAGACUACACAAGACUGAGGUUAGCCCACCCUGGGCUCUUCCUUUAAGUGUAGUUGAACACAUAAUUCAUAGAAAACAAUAUUCUCCAAAAACAUAAUGAAUUAUAUUGUAUAAUAUAUUAAUAAUACUAUAAUACUAUGAAGAAACACUGUUUUUUCACCUUUUUUGUGUUUUAUGUUUAAAUACGUUGUGUAACCUCUGUGAGGCUAUAAUGUAACUGAGUAGGGCAGAGGCCUAGCUUUGUUACUGGUCCUGUUCAAAAGACACCUUAACCAUAGUGGUUAAGCCAGAAAGACAGGCUGUGUUCAGAAGACACCUUAAACCACGGCUUUCACCAUGGUGACUUAGUUAUUCACCAUUGUUAAAACCAUGGUUUAAGGUGUCUUCUGAACACAGCCUGGAUUUCUGGCUUAACCACCAUGGUUGAAGCCAUGGUUUAAGGUGUCUUCUGAAUGGGGCUACUGUGUAUAGAGCCUUACACAAUUGUGGUUGCCUUGGUUCCUUAGCUUAUGAAGGGAAGCUUCAGACUCUUUAAAAUGUAUAGUAGAAGAAGUUAACUUAGUUUUGAUUGGCCUGGUGGGUCAACAAAGAUGAUUAACAGUUAGAAGUUCCAUAAGGAACAUAAUUGACCAGGAGAUUUGGAAAAGUCUGGGAAAGACCAGUUAUAGAAAUGCUCAGACAGUUAGAGCGGGGGGGGGGGGGCAGAAAGUAGACCUCCAGAUGUUUUGUCCAUCAACUCCCAGCAUUCCUGACCAUUGGCUAUGCUAGCAGGGGCUUCUGGGAGUUGAAGUCCAAAACGUCCAGAGGUCUAGCUUUUGCCCACCCCUAAGCUAGAGAAUGGAUGACAAGGAGCUGGAACUACUGAUAGUUCGCAGAAGGGAGCUGGGCUCAGAAGAGGGAAAAGAGAAAGAAGGCAGAGGAAAUGGUUGUGAGGGCUUGGCUGAGGUAGAAUUUAGGGGAAUUGGAUCUCGGGGGAAAUCUAUUGACAGCUUAUUAGCAGGAAAGACUCUCUUAUUAGGUAUGGUAACCAAGGAUAUUUAAUUUAAGUGUGUUUAAGCAUUCCACCGUAUAAUCUGAAGAACACUCUGUCCCUUGGUAUAUAUAAACCCCAUAAUAAAACUCUUGAUUUUGUUCA